AUGUCUGACGAAAAGCAAACCACUGAUGCUCCUAGCCGCAAAGACCGCCCAACAGGUUCCAUGCACGUUGGAGACGCUGAUUUUGAUGUCAACGAUCCAGCCUACGAGAUGGACGCCACUUGGGGAGAAGUCUGCACAGCUUGCUGCGUCAAGACCCCAGCCGAGUGGGGCAUGGCCUUUAUGGGACUCGUUGGAGUUCUUUUCUUCCUUUACUUCUUCCUUCUUGGAUUGGACCUUCUUGGAAACGGUGCUAAGGUUAUGGGAGGAUGUGCCGCCGGUGCUCUUUUCGGUGAUGACAUGAACCCCAUCGCCGGACUGAUGGUUGGUAUUGUUGCCACUGUCCUUCUUCAAUCGUCUUCCACCACCACUUCCAUUGUUGUUUCCCUUGUCGGAGCCGACGCCGUUACUGUCAAGCAAGGAAUCUUUAUGAUUAUGGGUGCCAACAUUGGUACUUCUGUCACCAACACCAUCGUCGCCAUGGGACAUUUGGGAGAUGGAGACCAACUCGAACGUGCUUUCGCUGGAGCCACCGUCCACGAUAUGUUCAACUUCCUUUCUGUGGCUAUCUUGCUUCCUGUUGAGGCAGCUACCGGAUACCUCUUCCAUCUCACCAAGGCCUGCGUCAAGAAUUUCCAGGCCCAAGAUGGAGAAAAGUGGGAGGGGCCAGUCAAGAAGCUUGUUUCUCCUCUUGCCAGUCGCAUCAUCAUUGUCAACAAGAAGGUUGCCAGCCAAAUCGCCGCUGGAGAGGCUACUUGCCGCACCUACUACCCCAACAACGGCACUCUAGCUUGCGACGACUACAAUGAUCCUCUUACUUGCAGUUCCGGACUUCUUUCCUGUGACAAGAAGGCCGACACUCCAUUCUGUCCUGCUUUCUUCGACCCCGAAGCCACCGAAAACGUUGACCGUACCUCUGGAGUCUGCGCCUUCAUCAUUGGUUUGAUCCUUCUUUUCAUCUGCCUCUUUGCAUUGGUCAAGAUCUUGCAACGAUUGAUGAUGGGGGCUUCUACCCGUGUUCUCUACAAGGCCACCAACAUUAAUGGAUACCUCGCCAUUCUCAUUGGAGCCGGUAUCACCAUUUUGGUCCAAUCUUCUUCCAUUACCACUUCCGUCUUGACUCCCUUGGUCGGUGUCGGUGCCCUUCGUCUGGAACAGAUGCUUCCUUUGACUCUCGGAGCCAACAUUGGUACCACCGUCACUGGUCUUUUGGCUGCCCUUCUUGGCAACAAGAACGGUAUGCAAGUCGCUCUUGCCCACUUGUUCUUCAACAUUACCGGUAUCGCCAUCUGGUACCCAGUUCCAUUCAUGCGCAACAUUCCAUUGAACGCGGCCCGAGCUCUUGGACGCUCCACCCGUCUCUUCCGUGGAUUCCCAAUCAUCUACAUUGCUGUUGCAUUCAUUGCCAUGCCUUUGAUCUUUUUGGGUAUCUCUUACCUCUUCUCUGACGGAAACUCUGGACUUACCGCUCUUGGUUCCAUCAUUGUUGUCGUCUUGGCCGUGGUCCUUAUGUACACUGGAUACUUUUGCAAGUACCAAGGUGGAUCCGAGAAGUGCACUCAGUGCUUGGUUUCCCGCGAAAAGCGCAACAACGCCGUCAACGAUCUUCCCGAUGACAUGGAAUGGUUGAAGGCCAAGGUCCGUGAACUUUCCGAGCACACUGGACUUCCCGUGGAGGCGGAGGGCACACCAGCCAAGGACGAGGGAUCCAACACCAAGACCGACGAAGAAGCCUAA